ACGUCCAACUUUAAGCACUCUUUGUACCGAGCUCUCCUGAACGCAGCAGCAGCACGAACACCCUCAGCCAGACGGUGACGUCACCUCUCCGCGAGACGGACAGCUGAGCAGCAGAGGCUUUGUUGACGUUUUGUUUUGGCCGCUUUGAGCAGGAUUUCUGCAAGUUUGCCCCCCAGCAGUGUUAGCUGAUCGAAGCCCGCCGUUCGCCCUGCCGUCACGCAUCCGCGCGGGAAUCCAGCAAAGAUGAAAUGGAUGUUUAAAGAGGACCAUUCCCUCGAGCACCGAUGUGUGGAGUCAGCCAAAAUACGCAACAAAUACCCGGACAGAGUCCCGGUGAUCGUGGAGAAAGUCUCGGGCUCUCAGAUUGUGGACAUCGAUAAGAGGAAGUACCUGGUGCCGUCCGACAUCACCGUGGCCCAGUUCAUGUGGAUCAUCAGGAAACGCAUCCAGCUGCCUUCAGAGAAAGCCAUCUUCCUCUUCGUCGACAAAACCGUCCCUCAGUCCAGUCUGACGAUGGGCCAGCUGUACGACAAGGAGAAAGACGAGGACGGCUUCCUGUACGUGGCCUACAGCGGAGAGAACACCUUCGGUUACCUGACAGGGUCGAUACUGCACUGAGCGCCCCCCGCCCACACACACACACACCCACACCAACACACACACACACACACACCAACACACACACACACACACACACACACAGUAGAACCUGCUGCAACGUGCUUCAGGCCCGUAUGUGUCUCUGAAGUUCUGCUUUGACACGUUUUGUCCAUUUUUAUACAGAAAAAUCUCAAGGUGUUGAAUCUCGACUAAACGGCCACAGUGACGUCACCGGGGCAGAGCCAGCUUCACAUUUGUGGUUUCAAAUUUGAAGCCGAAACCCUACAUUCAGCUCUGCUGUAAAACCCACCCAAAAGAUCCAGAAAGUUUAGUUUGGUUAACGGAUUUAGCUCUGAAGCAGGAGGAGCGCGUUCCACCUGGAGAACCAGAUUAUAAAGCAGCAUCACAGAAAACAAACCUCUUUCUGCUCGUUUGAUCUCCUGCUUUCAGACUUAGCGCAUCACAAAGCAUCCAGGGGCAGUCUUCAUUCUGCUCUAAAGCUGCUGAAUGAAAUGAGCCCAGGUCAGCAGUCUGGAGUUUGCGGGGUGGGGGCGACCCGGGGUUCUGAGAUCCAGUUCUACCAGAUCUGAACUCCGUAUCUUCUCUGAAAAUCUGAAGAAACGUCUCCCUGGCAACGCUGUGACUGCUGCCAGUAGCACAAUAAUGUCAUCGAGGCAAAAACAAACAGUAAGAGCCCUCAGUCUGUCUGCUGUCGAUACAUGAAGAUCCGUCACGGAGAAAAUUCCUGAAACACUGCCGGAAAAAUCUGAAAAACAUGAGUGUCAUUUUGCCGUGAAGGAAAGUCUUUGAGGCCUCAGCUGUGCAGACCAGUUCAUGCUUCUGUCUCAAACAUCUGACAGGCUGCAGGAGCUGCUCCACUUCCACACCGUCAUCAAUAGGAGGAUCAGAACAGCCUCACUGACCCAUGAAUCUCAUUGGUCGGUUGGUAAACGCAUUCUUUCUGCAGAUUCAGCUUAGAAACAAAAAGUCAGAAGAGCAAAAGUUUCUGUGUUAAAUAUUCCAAUCAGAAACGUCGUUAUCUUCAUCAGCAGGACUUCCAGUCGUUCUCUCAUUCUUUACGUUACGCUGUGACUUCACUUCCUGUCACUGCCUCUCUAUGGCCCGGUUCCAGGACCGGUUCAGGAGAACUCUGGGUUCAUGUGGCUCUUCUGGCAGUCACAAAGAGGCCGAGUCUGGGUCCUCCUGGGCCGGCCCCCGGCCCGGAUAAAAUGCAGCAUUGUGUCAGGGAGAGCAUCCGGGCCUGUGUGCAGCAGUGAAAGCUGAUUGGCUGGUAGGCUGAGGCGAGCCCUGAAGGUGAACAACCAUUGGUUCUCCAAAAUGACCACCAGGGUUAAUGCAGCACCGAAGCGACUCCAUCAACGCUUCAGAGUUCAGAGGAUACAUGGAACUAAAAGGAUUCCAGCUGGAUGAAACCUUCAUCCAUAUUCAUGAAGUCUUCGUCAGAACGGCUGGAAUUCCCAUCAUUCAACAGGAAACGGUGAUCUCUAAAAGAUAAGCAUGAAGUCAAAAACUGAUCCGGUUCUGUUACUUUAUUUACAUGGAUUUGUAAAGUUUUGUUUGUUUUAUUAUUAUGAAUGUGUUUGUGUGACUUUGAUUGGACUUGAAGUGUGGAACCAGAACCGCCCCAAAGGUCCAAACACCUGAUUAAAAUGUGGGAACAUCACCUGACAGGUAUAAAGGUGGAAGCGGAUUGUGCAGGUCCGGAUUUGCAUGUUGUUGAAAUAUUUUAAUGAAAGCAGGUUAAUUCGCACGCAUGUUCAUGUCACAGACCUUCACUAACAUGACGGGAAAGGGAACCGCUCGACCCGCCGCUCGAACCGCCGCUCGAACCGCCGCUGUCUGCACGAGCGCUUCAUACAUGCGUCAGUGAGGCGGCGAAGGCUGCGGCCGCCGGUGCAGAGCGCUCGCCGAGCUCGCCGCGCGUCCUCACAGGCCUUUCUUACUUCUUCCCAGCCUCAGCUCUGUUCAUUUGCACAUUUUGCUGAACUGGUUUCAGCAGCGUCUGGUGGGGAUUGAACCUCAGAGAAGCUUUGAUGAACUGGGAUGUUUAAGGAUUACAAAGGGUUAAUGUUCUCUCAGUGAAACUCUUCAUCGGUCGCUUCUCUAAUAAGAUGAUUCAAUCUUUCAUUCAGUUUAGAACUUUCAACUUAUGAAGAAAAAUGUAAUUUAAAGUAAAAGUAAUCCUGUUUAGAGCAGGCCUGCCUGAGUCAUUUAUGAAGUUAUUUAUACUUUAGCCCAAAUACUUCAUAAAGUUUACUUCUUGACCUUUGGAAAUGAUAACAUUACUCCAGUUAUGAGAUCCACUUCUGAAGAAACAAGACAUUUUUUUGUGUAAAUUUGCACAUUUGUUGUUUGUAUUUUCAUUGCCUACAUUUCCCAGAAUUCUUUUCUGCAGUAUUUUUGAUUUCUGAAUAUAUCAUUUCACUGUUUUUACUCCGUUUGAAAAGAAAUCCCCUCCAUGUAUGGUUGGACAGCAAACAAUGCAGAAACAUCUCGGCGGUACAUUUAAAAGAAACUGAGCUGUGAAGUUUUGUGUUUGUGAAAUCGCCCCCAGCUUUAUGAUCACAGACGGAUGUUCGGGUGUCCGAGAAGCUGCUCGGCUUCCCGAACGUCCGGUUAACUGUGUCGUUCUGUGAUGCAGAACGUGUUUGUGAAGAAUUCCUGUCUGUCCCCACAAACGUGAUUCAGGCUCUUUAACAUGAACACGAGAAUAUUCAAGAAUGUCUUUAUCCUGAUCUGUGUUGUCUCAUCGUCACGUCUAUGUUUAUGACACGUGAUUUUAGAUAUUUGAAAAUUGUAGCUGGAAGUACGACCAAUAAAAACCAGGAAAAAAACA